AAUUACAAUGCUUGUGAAAUGUCCGGUUUUAUAUUUCCCAAAACACAUUUUUUUGAAUAAGAAGAAUAGGAACGUAUAACUGUACAUAGGCAAUGCAAAGUAUAUAUUUCUAGUUUAAAAAGAGACAACAAGUUAGACAUGUACAGGAAGGUGAUCAUUACAACUAAAAUACAUGGUGACUAAUUGGUACAAGAAAGUGUGGAUGAAGAGGUUCAAUAAUUAAAAUGGAUGAUUCAACAGUAAAAAGAAAAAGAAUGUCUAGUGGGACAUCAGCUUUAGAAGCUAGAGAAAUAACACAAAACCUUUAUAGAUAUGGUGAGACUAUAUUGAACUGUAAUGUCCACAUUGUACAAGGUAUUCGAGAGAGUGGUAAUGAAUUUGUAUUGAAGUAUGUAUGUGCUCUCCUGAACUCAGGAGGUGGAAUUCUACACAUGAGAAAUCUAGAUCAUGUCCAAAUUGGUGUGCAACCAAAACACCUGGAUACCUGGUGGAGUGGUAUGGAGAACAAAUUUGCUGACAUUUUGUCAUGUGAUGAUAUUUGUAAUUAUUUCGACAUGGUUGGAAAUUAUUCAGAUCCGGAUUUAUACCUGUUUGUUAAAUCAGCAGAACAUUUGUGUUCCCUUGACUAUCACUGUCGCUUGCCAACUGACACAGCAACACAUGAAGUUUCAUACCAUUCUGUUAUGAAAUUACUCCAACAAAAAGGAGCACCAUGGACAAUAUCUGAUUUACCUCUCAUUCCAGAGAAUUUUCAAUAUGCUAGAACUGACAGUAAAAUUAAACAAGAAACCAAACAAAUACAGUUUAAAUAUCUAUCAGAGGGAUCGAAAGAUUCUAAAUCCAUACCACAGAAAAUCAAGCAAAUGGUGUCUAAAUACAUAUCAGCAUUUGCCAAUCAUGAAGGUGGACAUAUUUUAUUUGGUAUUGAUGAUGUGAGGGCGUCAGCCAUGGGGGAACUGUUAUCUGAGGACGACCAGGACAGGACAGUUGAGCUGAUAAAUAGUCGUAUGGAGAAUGUGAUCUGGGGAGAUGAAGAGUUUAUACCAGAACAAGGAAAACAUUGGGACAUCUGUUUCAAACCUGUUAUUGGCUCUCCAAAGAAAAAGGCUAGAAGAGUUAUAGUUGUUGUUUCAGUAUGUAAGUUUCCAGGGGGAGUAUUUACAGCUUCACCUGACAGUUAUUUUGUAAAUGAGUUUGGAGAUAUCGAAACCUGGAAAUUUUCAGAGUGGAAACUGUCAAUGCUUAAUCCACUGAGAGACAAGCCAGACCUACAUAACAGAUUUAUCAAGCUCCCCAUUAGUGUUCCUCAGUCACCUCUCAUCUUCACACUGAAACAAAGUAUAGAAAAAAUAGAAAAGAGGUUGCUAUCAGAUGCCAAUAAGAACUUAGUUUUACCUCAUCAUUACAUGGACUGCAUUAAAGAUCUCAAGGUCAAAGAUUUCAUUAGGUCUGUACUCAACAUCUUUAACAUUGAUCGUCAUAUGAUGAUUGUUGUAAACUGUUGGGGGCUGCAGGUAACAGCAUUACAACCUAGUGAUGUCAUCUGUGAUGUUUUGGUUCUGACUGAGCAUCAGGGGUGCCACCUGGUGACGAUUUCACAUACUAGUAGUGAUCAGAUUUGGGAGCAUUGUCGAUAUGUAGCAGCCUUCAUUAAAGAGAAGCUUGUUUGCCAUGGAGGAUGCAUAGAAAAGUUCGGUCUGGUUUGUCAUGUUGCAAGUAUGGAUGAAUAUGAUGAUGAAAUAGAGAACAGUUUGUCAGAUAAUUAUUAUCCAUCUCAUUUUUACGUCACACCAACUAAAUUUGACAGUUUAGUUCGAUCUCUCAUCAUAACAAUGGCAGCUUAUGAACCAAUAGAUUUUUCCACAUUAAACACAACUAAGUCAAUGAGAGAAGUUCUGGCCACAGAUAAAUACUUUUUCCUGUUGACUUGUGACCAGUUUGAUUUGAUAUGUAAACAACAGUUUACUAAGGAAUUAUGGGUACAUGGACCCCCAGGCUCAGGGAAGACUGUGGCAGCUGUACAGUUUAUAUCAGAGCUCAGAAGGAGGGGAUGUCAGAAAGAUGAAGUAUUGUACCUGGCUGAAAAUGAAUUACUGUGUUCCUAUGUCAGGUCCUUUAAUUUUUGCUUGGUAACAACAAGGAGAAAGAUACUGGAACUUUACUUUGAUUUAAAGAAAUUCAAUGAAACAUAUCAAAAUGUCAAAAAUGUAAUAGUGGAUGAGGCUCAAAAUUUCAAGGAUCGUGAUGGUGAUUGGUAUGGUUUGGCAUCACAUCUGGUUUCUAGACAUGAAAAUAAUCAUGGAAUGGAAAACUGCUGUGGGUAUUUCUGGGUUUUCAUGGACUAUUCCCAGAAAGUUCACAAGUUUAAAGCAGGACUACCAUCAGUAAUUGGCAAAAAUAACUACAUGCUGAGCGAAGUGGCACGAAAUUCUAAAGAAAUUUUUGACUUUGCCAAGCAAUUUUUAGAUACAGAUGAAACAUCUGAUGAUCAAGAGCAAACUUUAGCUUUGAAAAAAGUUGACAGCCAGCCUCACUUAGCUCAUGAAUAUUCAUCAGGCCAUGAAGUAGAAAUUAUCAAAUGUAAACAAGAAAACAUUGAGAAAGCGAUAUCCAAAGUGUUGAAUCAGUUGAUGGAGAAUGGUACCGAGAUUGGAGAUGUUGCAAUAUUAGUGGGGAAAAAUAAAGACAAGCAAGAAAUAGAACAUACAGUGCAAGAUAUUCAAAAAGAGGCUCAAAUGAAGGAGGGUGUUUUAGUUGACACGGUUCAUCGCUUUAGUGGUCUUGAUAAACUUGCUGUUAUAGGGGUUAAUCCCCAUGUAAAUGAGGAACAUGCUAGUUUACAGAAGUUCUUACUCAGUCUAGCUACAAGAGCUAAAGAUAAUCUAGUUAUCAUAACCACCUCAGAUGAUCUAAAAUUAUCUGAAACAGGUAAAUCAAAACCUUAGUUUUAACAUACUAGUCACAAAGAAUGAACCGAAUUGCUCUGUUUUGCGCUCAUAUUGAGGUGCAGAAAGGAUUAAAAUUAUUUUAACUGCAGAGCUGAAUAUGAAAGGUGUCCUUCUUUGAUUAUUUUGAAAAUAAAGUCUAUUUUAAAAAGAGCAGGAAAUACCAAAGGGACAUUCAUACCUCUUGGAUGAUUCUUAGAUUGAAGAAAAACUUGACAGCAAGGAGCAAAUAACAAUAACAAAGACAAACAAAUCCACAAAACAUUGCAUAGAAAACUAGUGACUGAGCAACAAGAACCCCGUCAAAUAUCAUUAACAAAAUAAGCUCAUGCAAAAACAAUUGUCCACACUGGGAUAAUUUGAUUGUUAAUUUUUUUUAUCUGUUGGUCAUGCUGUGGCUUGUCCUUUUGCUUCAAUUUUUAUUUCUGUAUUUAUACGAUUUUAAACCAGUGUCUUGGCUAGUUUAAGACCAAACACCUUUUUCCUGUGAUAUUUGACUGAUAAAAUGUUUUGAAACAUUACAACAUUGUAAGAUGAUUGUGGAGAAAGUGUUCCAUGAUGAAAUAUACAUUUUACAAAAUAUAUCUAUAUGUUACUAUAUAAAAUAAACACAUGUACUUGCAGUAUAAAGCUGAUUACAGUUGUCUUGCAAUCAGGAACAGAAAUUUGGCAUUUUAAAUGACAUGUAGUUUAUUUUUAAUUGCUCAACCAAGAGACAUAUUUACACAUGUGUAUAUAUUUUUCUGCUCAACCAUAUCUUUUUAUACAGUAUAUAUAUAUAUUUUUUUAAUAUCUUUUUAUCGUGUUUUUAUAA